CUUUUAUUAUAUCUUCAUAUAUUUAUUAUUAAAUAUAUUUUAAAAUUAUUAAUAUUGUUCUAUGUUCAUUUAGCAGAUAAAAUCAAUAAAAAUAAUGGAGUAUGAAAAAAUAAUAAUAAAAGGCACUACGAAAGCCAGCCAUUAUGAAUAAUGAAGAAGUCGGAACCAGUUUUUCAAAUUUUUGGUGUUCGUAAAAUUAUUGCUGUAGGAGCAAAUGUAAAAUUCCGUCUACUUAUAUCAGAUGGACAAAAUUUAAACUCUUUUGCCAUGUUUACAAGUCAAUUACACAGUCUGAUUUUAUCCGUGGAACUGACUGAAUUUGCUAUCGUAAAGAUAAAACAUCAUUUUAUCAGUAAAUUAACUGACCUUAGUGAAGAAAAAGAUCAAGUCAUGAUUCUUAAAAAUUUAGUUGUUACGAUACCCUGUAAUGUUGUUUCAUCAAAAAUUGGUGUCCUAAACCAAUUAUUGAUAAUUUAUGCUAUACAGUUGCAAAUAGAAUAUCUGCUUCAAUAGAUAUAAUGCAUGGUAAUCGGUCAAACAGUCCGGAGUCAUUUUUUUUUUACUUUCGGACAUAAGAACGAGCUCAUUUUUAUUAUUUGCCAAAAAAUUAUUGUUUUAUUAUUAUUACUUAUAUACAUGAUUUAGAUAAAUCUAUUAUUUUUCAACUAUAUUUAUACCAUAUUAAGAAAAUUAAAAAAAAAAUUGUUAUUUAAUGGAUAUUCAUAUACCUACGGUUUAUCAUAAAUUUGUUUCAAGUAUUUGGUGGAAAUGUUCUAAUAAAAUUUCGAAAAAAUGCCUACUUCA